AUGGCAGAUGAAGCAGCAGCACUUGCUGCUGCUGAUGCUGCAGCAGGAUAUGCAUAUAGAGAUCCAGCAGCAGCAGCAGCAGCAGCAGGAGCAGGAGAAGCAGCAGCAGCAGCAGAAGCAGCAGCAGCAGCAAAUGCUCAUCCUUACUAUUGGAGGCCCCCCCGCAGCUUCAGCAGCAGCAGCAGAAGCAGCAGCAGCAGCAGCAGUUUGCUGCUAAAGAAUUCUGCUGUUGCUGCUGUUGCUGCUCUUGCUGCUGCUGCUGCUGUUAUUUUUUUUGUUUCUUUUUGCUUCAAAAAAAUAAAAAACAAAAAAAAAGGAAACGAAGCAAGACGGCUGGCGCAUAGACAAACAAAAGACAAAGCAGCAGCAGCAGCAGCAGCAGCAGCAGCAGCAGCAGCAGCAGAUGAUGAUGAUGAUGAUGAGGAUAGUUGUGCCCCUGACGUUGCUGCUGUAAUGGACGUAGAAGCAGCAGCAGCAGCAGCAGCAGAAGCAGAAGCAGAAGCAGCAGCAGCAGCAGCAGAAGCAGCAGCAGCAGCAGCAGCAGCAGCAGCAGCAGCAUCAUCAUCAGAAGACGAAGAAGAAGAGGAAGCAGAGACCAGCACAGGAGAAGAGACAGACACAGACACAGAAACAGCAGCAGCAGCAGCAGCAGCAGCAGCAGCAGCAGAAGCACCAGCAGCAGCAGCAGCAGCAACAGCAGCAGCACCGCUGCAGUUCAAAUUCCCAAAUUUAUUUUCUUUGCUGCAGCACGAUGACACCCAGAAAGAAAAAAGAAAAAGAGAAAGAGAAAGAGAAAGAGGAGAAAGAAUAGAAGAUGAAGAAGCAGCAGCAGCAGCAGCAGCAGCAGCAGCAGCAGAAGCAGCAGCAGCAGCAGCAGCAGCAACGCCUCUUCCUUACCUAGAGCUGCCUACACUGGGACAGAUGCAUACGCUGGAUCCUCGUUUGCUGCUGCAGCAGCAGCAGCUACAGCUGCUGCAGCAGCAGCAGCUGCAGCAGCUGCAACAGCAGCAGAAGCAGCAGCAGCAGCAGCAGAAGCAGCUGCAGCAGCAGCAGAAGCAGCUGCAGCAGAAGCAGCAGAGGCAGCAGCAGCAGAAGCAGCAGCUGCUGCAGCAGCUGCAGCACCAACAGCAACAGCAGCAACAGCAGCUGCUGCAGCUCCAGCAGCAGCAGCAGCUGUACAUCCGGAUGCUGCAGCAGCAGCAGCAACCGCAGCAGCAGCAGGAGCAGAUUCUUCUCUCGCGGCGGCAGCAGCGGCACCUGCACCAACAGCUGCUCCUGCUGCAGCAGCUGCACCAGCAGCACGCGUUGCAGCUGCAGCAGCUGCAGGAGCAACAGCAGCAGCAGCAGCAGCAGCAGCAGCAGCAGCAGCAGCAAGAGCAGCAGCAGCAGCAGCAAAUUGCAAUCAAAACAGAACCAUUAAGCCCCGCGGAGGAGCGGCCAGAGAGCAGCAGCUCGGAGCAGCAGCAGCAGCAGCAGCAGCAGCAGCAGCAGCAGCAGCAGCAGCAGCAGCAGCAGCAGCAACAGCAGAUUGAGCAGCAGGAGCAAUACCUUCUGCGUUUGAAACAGAUGUGGUCGCAUGUGGUGCAGCAGCUGCAGCAGCAGCAGCUGCUGGAGCAGCAGCAGCAGCAGCAGCAGCAGCAAGGGAUUGCUGAGCAGCAAAGACAGCAGCAGGUGCAGCAGCUGCUGCAGCAGUACGUACAGUAUACUCAUCAGCUGCAGCAGCAGCAGAUGCAGCUGCAGCAGCUGCAGCAGGUGCAGCGGCUGCUGCAGCAGCACGAGCAGCACCAGCAGCAGCAGCAGCAGCAGCAGCAGCAACAUGGAAGCCAGCGGUAUCUGCAGCAGCAGCUGCUGCUGCAGCAGCUGCGCUAUUACUAUCAUAGGCAGCAGCACCACCACCACCACCAUAGACGCAGGCAGCAGCAGCAGCAGCAGCAGCAGCAGCAGCAGCAGCGCUACCGCCACCACCACCACCACCACCAUCACCAUCACCAGCAACAGCAGCAGCAGCAGCAGCAGCAGCAGCAGCAAUACCAGUAUUACUACCACCUGUAUCAGCAGCAGCUACAGCAGCAGCUACAGCAGCAGCAGCAGCACCACCACCACCAUCACCACCACCAGCAGCAGCAAGAGCUGCAGCACCCCUACCACGAGCCGCAGCAGCAGCAGCAGCAGCAGGAGGAGGAGGAGGAGGAGGAAGAGCAGCAGCAGCAGCAGCAGCAGCAGCAGCAGCAAGCAGCAGCAGCUGCUGAUACCCCUUCACCUGUAUCCCCCUACAUGCAUGCACUGCAUGCGCCAGGGGCGUUUCCUGCUGCAGCAUUUGAUGCUGCAGCAGCAGCAGCAGCAAGCAGCAGCAGCGGCAGCAGCAAGAGGAAGAGAGGCGGCAGCAGCGGCAGCAGCAGGAGAAAGAGCAGCAGCAGCAGCAGCAGCAAAAAAACCAAAAAGAGACAAAGACUGGGGGAGGAAGGAGACGAUUGGCUUGACGAUGAAGACAUAGAUACAGAAGCAGCAGCAGCAGCAGCAGCAGCAGCAGCAGCAGAGCAGCAGCAGCAACGACCCUCAUCAUUUGCUGCUGCAGAAGAAGAAGAAGAAGCAGCAGCAGCAGCAGCAGCAGCAGCAGCAGCAGAAAGAGCAAGUGUUAUUGUACCCAGACACCCCUAUGUUCUUGCUGCUGUUCGUGGGUUUGCUGCUUCUAGGCAGCAGCGAAGAGCAGCAGCAGCAGCAGCAGCAGCAGCAGAGGAAGCAGCAGUAGCAGCAGCAGCAGCAGAAGCAGCAGAACGAUUGAGAAGAGCAGCAGCAGAAGAAGAAGAAGAAUAUGAAGAUGAGGAGGAAUACGACGAAGACAUAGAAGCAGCAGCAGCAGCAGCAGCAGCAGCAGCAGCAGCAGAAGCAGAAGCAGAAGCAGCAGCAGCAGCAGCAGCAUCAUCUCUCCCAUCUACCUCAUCCUCUUCCUUAUCCUUAUCCUUAUCCUCCGCAGCAGCAGCAGCAGCAGCAGCAGCAGCAGCAGCAGCAGCAGCAGAUGAGGACCCAGGCCCUCUUCCUUUUCCUCCUUUUUCAGGUCAGCAGCAGCAGCAGCAGCAGCAGCAGCAGCAGCAGCAGCAGCAGCAGCAGCAGCAGCGGGGGGGGGAAAGAAGAUUUUUGGUGGUGGAAAAAGCUUAUUAA